AUGUCGAAUCUUUAUGACCCAGGUGAGCGAUCUCACUCGGAUUGCGGGGAUGGUAUCUCGGUUGUAAAGAGGAAGUCCCACUUUGAGAGUGGGAUGAAGACCGCCAGCAUGGAAUCUCGGGCGGAUCGCAUGCAGCAGCGCAUGCGCGGUGCUGGCCACGGUCAGAUCGAAGACGUCUCGUUCCAAUUGGACCUGGCAGGAGAUGACCUGUCAAGCGAAAUCGACACCCAAACCAGCCCCGAGGUGCCACCGCCCCGAACGACGCCCACACCGAACACAUCUGCGAAGAGGCGAAAGUUGGACACAGAUGCAGCCCGGACAUUACUGCCGCCGCCCGGCAGUGCGAGCCAAGCCAGCAAGCCGGACCAUUCCGAGCUGCAGGAAGGAUCAUCCACCGAAUCUGCUCAACCUAUCGUGGAGGAACAGACAGACCCAAAUGCAGUCACGGAGGAGGACCAGCCAGACUCUGUUGAGUCAUUGCCGCCAUCUAGGCCUCUCGCAAAUGCACCGCCGGUGUCACCGGUACAGAGGAGGUCCAUCGCAGACAACUCCGAGGUGGAGGAAAGCCCUGCGGACGCACCAGGAAGUGGUCGACGUCGCACGAUUACAAGCAGCGCUCUUGCCUCAAGUGCCAGAUUGCAACAAGCGCUCUCCCCAGACGAGAACGCGACCGAGACGGUGCCUAUAUCAUCGCCAUUGGAGCGUAAAGUUCGGAGGACCACAAUCAACACGCGCAGAUCAACAACAAGCAGCCGUGGAAGUCGCAAUUCCGCCAUAUCUGCAACCGAAAAUGCCCAAGACCUGUCAACCGAGGCAGCAGAAAAGUCUGACGACCGCAUAAUAUCCCCAGAGUUGUCGUCGCGCUCCACUCGACCAGACGAGUCGGCAGCAGAGGCAGAAGCAGAGCCGCAAUCAUUUGUGGAGCGAGAUGAGCAGGAGGAGCAGGAGCCUAGCCAAGAUCAUGACGAGAGUGUGGCUGAGGAGAUUGAUGCGAGAGAAGCGGCCCAACAACUGGGGCGGAAGAGACCCCGCAGGAGCCCACGAGGGCCAUCUACCGAGCCAGACUCGACCAUUGCGGACGAAGAACAAGAAGACCCAUCUCCAAAGAGACGAAAGAAACAAUCGAAAGCGAGUCCAGCGAAACAAAGACAAGGACGGCCAAAAGGAAGCUCUACAGCAAAAGCCGCUGCACCCAAAGCUGCCCGAAAGCGCAAAACCAAAACGGCUUCUGACGCUCCCGGGGGCGACGAGAAGUGGACUAUUCCUGUGCAACGUUUUACGAAGAAGCAGGCUAUUGAAGGCCACGACGAUGGCGAAUCCACUUUGGAUAUACCGUUUGCAAAGGUCGGCGGAGUAACCACUGUCGAUGUUUUGGCAGCCGUGUGCGAUGAAAGCAUCCAGGAAGCCUUGCAGGUUUUCAAGGAAGGCGUUAUAAAUGCGGAGGACAGGGCCUCCAAACGAGAAUUGCAGAUGCAGGCGCAGGCUUUGAGGUCUUUCCGCGACGAAUUGCGAGAUCGAUUCCUCCAUCAGGCUGUUCUGCUCGACACACAACACAGCUUGCGCCAGCGACUACGUAGUGUUCAAAAAGAGCGGACAACGCUCAGGGAUGAGAUAAUGAGAAUUCGUAGCGAACGGGAGCAAGUGGCGAUCCGGAAGGAUGCUAUCAGAAUUAAGCACGACAAGAUAAAAGAAGAAGCUCUGAGCCAAUUGAGCUUAUCUUCGCAGAUGCACGACAUCGAUCUGGCUGUAGAGCGAGGUCGUGCGGCGCCAGAGCUCGGCCCAGCUGAGAAGAAGACGGCGGAGUUGGCCAACCUAGAGUUAAUGAUAUCCAGAAUCACGGACCAGGCCUGCACAAAAAGCGAUACAGGGGGAACCUUCAAACAGAUCAAGGACUUCAAUGCAUUCCUCGAACGCGCCGCAGUGGCGUUGGAAAACAGAUAG